AUGCGGUCUCUCUUUUGGGCUAUUCAGACCCAUGCCAUGUCAUGUCAUCACUGGCCUGCUCCUUUCUUGUCUUCCGUCGUUCUCCUCUGCCUCUGCCUCCUCCUUCUUGUCUUAUUGUUUUCUCGUCUUGUCUUGGUGGGCUUACUCCUGCAGUCGUCCCCUACUGGUGCCGUUAUGAACAAUAUCAACCCCCAUAGAUUUACCUACCUCACCCGAGCACAGGAAGGCAUGAAGGGCCUGCGGUGGGUGGAUGUGGAGUGCUAUCCUCUCGGGACCAAACCAAACCUUCCAGAAAGACGGAUGUAUUCCACCACAAAAGUAGUGGAUGCGUUGCAAUACAAUGCAUGCCCGUAG